AAUUAUAAAAUCCAAACAGGAGCAAAUUCCCUUUGAAAUCAUCACAUGCGACUCCAUAUGAACACAAGCCUCAUCACAUGCCAUCAUAUGAAUUCUCAAAACAUUAUUCUGGCCCCUUUAAUUAGUUUUGACCCCACCACAUCCUUUCAUAAAUAGAUACACUGAUCCUUCCUAUAAAUUCCUAAGGAUGUUGCUACAUGUAGUUAGCUAAGAAAUCCAAAACAAGACUAAAACAUCAAGUGUGUCUUAGAAUUCAUACUGUUGUUUGUUUCUCAAAAAUAGGGUGUAUCAACAAAAUGGGAGGUGUGGAUAAUAGAAAGUGGAUAGAUUUGUUUAAGAAGAACAAGAAUGGGUCUAUAUGGUCCAUUUUCAUGCAUGCUGAUAGGGAAGAUUGGUUACUUAUGGUUUUAGGUACCAUUGGAGCAAUUGGUGAAGGGUUCACCUUUCCUUUGAUUUUGUAUAUUAGUAGCCGCAUGAUCAAUAAUAUUGGGAGUUCAUCUACUAUGGAACCAAACAUUUUCAUCCAUAACAUCAAUAAGAAUGCACUUGCUUGGUUAUAUUUGGCCUGUGCAUCUUUUAUUAUUUGUUUCCUUGAGGGUUACUGUUGGACAAGGACAAGUGGGAGACAAGCUUCAAGAAUGAGAUGCAAGUACCUUAAAGCAGUUCUUAGACAAGAAGUUUCUUACUUUGAUUUGCAGGUGACAAGUACCUCAGAAAUCAUCACUAGUGUCUCUAAUGACACUCUUAUAAUUCAAGAUGUUCUUAGUGAAAAGGUUCCAAAUUUGUUGAUGAACAUUUCAUUGUUCAUUGGGAGCUAUAUAGUGGCAUUUGCAAUGCUAUGGAGAUUGGCAAUUGUAGUAUUCCCAUUUUUAAUUCUUCUAGUGAUCCCUGGAUUAAUCUAUGGCAUGACAUUGAUGAGUUUAUCAAGCAAGAUAAGGGAAGAGUACAAUCAAGCUGACACAAUAGCAGAACAAACAAUAUCUUCCAUUAGAACUGUUUAUUCAUUUGUGGGAGAAAACAAAUCUAUGAUUGCUUUCUCUAAUGCUCUACAAGGGACUGUUAAUUUGGGUUUAAAACAAGGAUUAGCUAAAGGUUUAGCUAUUGGAAGCAAUGGUUUUGUGUUUGCAAUUUGGUCUUUCAUGUGCUAUUAUGGAAGUAGAUUGGUGAUGUACCAUGGUGCUAAAGGAGGGACAGUUUUUGCUGUUGGAGCAACCAUAGCACUUGGUGGAUUAGGAUUAGGAACAAGUUUAUCUAGCCUAAGGAAUUUUUCAGAAGCAAGUUCAGCAGGUGAAACAAUCAAGAGAGUGAUAUCAAGAGUUCCAAACAUAGAUUCCAACAAUACAACAGGAGAAAUAAUACAAAAAGUUUCAGGAGAAGUGGAAUUUAACAACAUAGAAUUUGCAUAUCCAACAAGACCAGAAACAAUUAUCCUUAAAAACUUAUGUUUCAAAAUUCCAGCUGGAAAAACAGUGGCAUUGGUUGGUGAAAGUGGUUCAGGAAAAUCAACAUUGAUAGCUUUAUUGCAAAGAUUUUAUGAUCCAAUUGGUGGUGUGAUACUUGUUGAUGGUGUGGCUAUAAAUAAGUUGAAUAUUAAGUGGCUUAGAUCAAUUAUGGGGCUGGUUAGUCAAGAACCUUCUUUGUUUGCAACAAGUAUUAAAGAGAAUAUAAUUUUUGGUAAGGAAGAUGCUACUGAGGAUGAGAUUGUUGAAGCUGCUAGAAUUUGUAAUGCUCAUGAUUUCAUUUCAUUGCUUCCUCAAGGUUACAAUACCCAGGUGGGUGAAAGAGGGGUUCAAUUAUCAGGUGGACAAAAACAGAGGAUAGCAAUUGCUCGAGCAAUAAUCAAGAAACCAAGAAUCCUUCUUUUGGAUGAAGCAACAAGCGCCUUAGACACUAAAUCAGAACGACUCGUUCAACAAGCACUCGACAAUGCAACAAUCGAUUGCACCACCAUCGUAAUUGCCCACCGCCUCUCCACAAUCCAAAAUGCUAACAUAAUCGCUGUCGUGCAUGGCGGCAAAAUCAUCGAGAUUGGCUCACACAAUGAACUUCUCCAAAACGACACCGGUGUUUACUCCUCUCUUGUCCACAACCAACAAACCGACAAGGAAAGAGUAGAAGAAGAAACCGUUACAACUACAUUCACUAAAAGGGACCCACAAAUCACAUGUUUUGUUGAUCCGACCACUUUAGUGGAAGACGAAAAAAACAAUAUUAAUAAUGUUAACGUCAAUGAAGGUAAAACUGUGUCGUUUUGGAGAUUACUUUUAUUAAAUAUUCCUGAAUGGAAACAAGCGGUUUUUGGGUGUUUGAAUGCGAUGGUGUUUGGUGCGGUUCAACCGGUUUAUGCAUAUGCAAUGGGUUCAAUGAUAUUUAUUUAUUUUGAUACGGAUUAUGAGGAGAUAAAAAACAAAACUAAGGUCUAUUCACUUUGCUUUUUGGGUCUCUUUGUGAUAACUUUGGUGGUUAAUGUUGGACAACAUUAUAACUUUGCAUAUAUGGGAGAGUAUUUGACUAAACGUGUGAGGGAAAGCAUGCUUUCUAAGAUAAUCACUUUUGAAGUUGCGUGGUUUGAUUGUGAUGAAAAUUCUAGUGGUGCUGUUUGUUCUCGACUUGCCAAUGAUGCUAAUGUGGUGAGGUCAUUAGUUGGUGAUAGAAUGUCUUUGUUGGUACAAACUUUUUCAGCGGUAGUGACAGCAUACACUAUGGCUCUAGUCAUUUCAUGGAGGCUAAACAUAGUUAUGAUAUCUAUUCAACCAAUUUUAAUAGCUUGCUUUUAUACAAGAAGUGUGUUACUCAAAAGCAUGUCAAGCAAGUCCACCAAAGCCCAACAAGAAAGUAGUAAGUUAGCUUGUGAAGCUGUUUCAAAUCUUAGAACCAUCACUGCCUUUUCUUCUCAAGAUAGAAUACUCAAAAUGCUUGAAAUGGCCCAACAAAGGCCAAUUCAAGAGAAUUUUCGACAAUCGUGGUUUGCGGGUAUUGGGCUUGGGCUUUCCCAAUUCUUGAUGUCUUGUACUUGGGCUGUGAAUUAUUGGUACGGCGGCAAGCUUAUCAUUGAUGGGUACAUAACAAAGAAAGCGUUAUUUGAGAGCUUUAUGGUUGUGGUGAGUACAGGACGAGUUAUAGCCGAUGCUGGAAGCAUGACUAAAGACCUUGUCAAAGGUGGUAAUGUUGUUAGCUCAAUUUUUGCCAUCUUAGAUCGACGUACAAAAAUCAAGCCAGAUGACCCUGGUGGGUUUAAGCCCGAGACUUUAAUGGGCCAAAUAGAAUUUCACGACGUGCAUUUUUCUUACCCUGCCAGGCCGAAUGUAGUUAUCUUUAAAGAUUUUUCAAUUAAAAUUGAAGCGGGGAAAUCAACGGCAUUAGUGGGCCAAAGUGGAUCCGGAAAAUCAACCAUCAUAGGAUUAAUUGAGAGAUUCUAUGACCCAUUUAAAGGAAGUGUGACAAUAGAUGAUAUGAACAUAAAAUCAUAUAACCUAAAGUCACUAAGAAAACACAUAGCACUUGUGAGCCAAGAGCCAACAUUGACUAAUGGAACCAUAAGAGACAACAUUGCAUAUGGAACAACAUGUGACCACAUUGAUGAAAUUGAGAUCAUAGAGGCAGCAAGAGUAGCCAAUGCUCAUGAUUUCAUAUCUAGCUUAAAAGAUGGGUAUGAGACAUGGUGUGGUGACAAAGGGGUGCAACUUUCAGGAGGUCAAAAACAAAGGAUAGCAAUAGCUAGAGCCAUGUUGAAGAAUCCAAAGGUGUUGCUACUAGAUGAGGCAACAAGUGCACUAGAUAAUAAUUCAGAAAAAGUAGUGCAAGAUGCAUUGAAUAUGGUAAUGGUGGGAAGAACAAGUGUUGUUGUGGCACAUAGGUUGAGUACCAUACACAAUUGUGAUGUUAUUGCUGUUUUAGAUAAAGGGAAAAUGGUGGAGAUUGGAAGUCACAAAACUUUGUUGGCUAAAGGACCUUGUGGUGCUUAUUACUCUUUGGUUCAUCUUCAAACUAAACAUGCAUCUACAACCAAAGACACUACUAAUUAAAGUAUAUUUUGAGCAAACCUAAUUAUGUAUUAGAUGUCUUUGUAGGCUUAUGAUUAUUCUUCCAUUUUAGUUUCAUGGGAGAUAGCUAGUGAUCGAUAUAGGGAACUUUUAAAUUGUGUUAUUUUUCUUAUUUGGUGGCACUUUGUAUUAUUAUUUGCAAAUAAUGCAUAUGCAUGUCUAUCACACAAUUAAAAAGGAUAAUUUGAUCCCUAA